GUUGCAAUUUGCUGUGUUGCUUCAGCAUGACGUCAUGCUCGUUGUUUCGAAUGUCGGCUGCUCCAGCACGGUCAGAGGCCGCUUUGCGCUGAUCGGGACCACAAAACUUCUCCACAGCCCAAAGGUCGUCGACAGCCUACCGGUACAGUGACGCUCAGGAAAAUCCUCUCCCAUCCCCCCUUACCCUCUCUGUUGGAGCAUGGCUCAAGAGACCAAUCAGACCCAGGUGCCAAUGCUUUGCACCAUGGGAUGCGGUUUCUACGGUAACCCCCGCACCAACGGCAUGUGCUCAGUCUGCUACAAGGAACACCUACAGAGACAACAGGGAGGGGGGAGAUCUAGUCCCCCAGGGGAGAAAGCUGCAACAUCACCUACGGGAAUGCCAGGCUCCUCUGACGUCAUGGCAGAGAGCACAGAACCAGCGCCCAGCACUGAGGCAGGGCGAACCUCGCCUGAGGAACCAACAUCCAGUGUCAGUCCCAGUUCUCCUAGCCCAGUAACUCAACAGAUGACGGCAAUGAGUAUUUCCCAGGAUUCUGGAGCUGUCGACUCGGAUCGAGCAGAGGCCGAGGACGCCGAAGACGAGGGACCAUCCAGCACCUCGGAGCCAGCAGGAGAAUCAGGGCAGACCUCUGAUGGAGAGCAAACUCCUGACAAAAACAAGAAAAAGAACCGCUGCUUUUCUUGCCGGAAGAAAGUCGGCCUCACUGGUUUCGACUGUCGCUGUGGCAAUCUAUUUUGUGCCAUCCACCGUUACUCUGACAAACAUGACUGUCCCUACGAUUACCGGAGCGCGGCGGCAGAUCGCAUACGCAAGGAGAACCCCAUCGUGGUGGCUGAGAAAAUCCAGAAGUUAUGAAGACUUUGAGUACAAAAAAAAAGAACACACAGAUUUUUUUUGACAAUUAACAAGAAUGGUGACACCUGAAUAUCAUGGCUUCAUUUAUUCAUCUUAAAAGAGGGGUGGGGAGGUGAUGCAGUCACAGCCACUGUCCAGAUGUUCCCCUUACUAGCAUCUCUCUUCCUCCACUCAUGACUGUUUGCGGAUGAGUGGUUUCUGUAUGAGUGUGUGUGUGUGUGAGUGGAGAGAGCAGUAAGUGAACUAGCUGUGGGGAGGGUGGGCAUUUUAACCCCACCCUGUCACUUUUUUUUGUGUGUUCUCAUGCCAUCCCUGUGAGGUGGCUGAUGAGGCCAGUUUAGAACCAUCCAGCAACAAACCGGGAGGUGUCGUCCAUCACAUCCGUGAGACCUUUUUAAGGGCUUCAGAUUAUUUCUUUUCUCCUACAGUAAAAGUGAUGUCAACUUAUUGUGAGAUUGACUCCCCCCCCCACAACUCCUAUUUCUCAAUCGGGUCGCCACACUUUGGACUUUCUCAAGCAUUUUCCAGCCAAUGUUCACUCUUUGAUAUAUUGACUUAUACCAGGUGCAUGAACAGUUAUCCGGGGGGGUAAAGGAGUGAUUGAAAUGUAUGUUUUUUUCCCCCCCUCCUGUUUUAAUGAGCGUAUGACUUCAGAAGAUCUAUAUUAAUAUAUUGUAGUUAGCUUGUGUGAUUGCAUUCUAUUUAUUUUUUAUCAUUUUGGUGGGUUCCGCUGGAGGAUGGGUGGCAUGUUUCAGCAAAUCGUGAGGUUUGCACUUUUUAAACUGAAUUCCAUCAUGAUUUUAUAUAAGCAGAGGAGACGUGAGCUUGUCAGAAUUAGGAUAUGAAGCACAACAAACUGCAGACAGACAAGUGUGUGUGUGUGUGUGUUGCACCUGCUCAGUUUUGUUCAGCAUCUGGGUCAUUUUCAGUUUCUACUUGAUUCUUAGAGGCUUUCUCCAAUGGCCUUCUCUUGUUUUGUGUGAAGCUCCAAGCACCAGCAGACCACUGACACAUGCUGAAUGAAAACUGACCUGGGUUGCCGCAGUCUAUUCAGAUUGUUGCUACUGUUGCUUCUUGGAACGAUUUGAAAUAAUUAUGCAUGUGUGCUGCCUAACAUAGGAGUUACUGAAGAGCCACACAGCUGUAGCACAACAAUGCAUGGCUGCAAUUUGGAGGUCCAUUUUGAAGUAAUGUCCCCCACAUGUAAAUAACCUACAGCUCAUAGAAUAAAGGGUGGAAGGGGUUUGAGUGAAGAAGUACUGUGGAGUGUGAAAGUGCUUUACAUAACCGAACAAGCACUAAUCUGCUCACUUUUAGCGCUGCUUUGCCCGUAAAGUGACUACAGUAAUAUUCAAAUAACUUUUGUGACCAUGCCUUUUAUUCAGUUUGUAGCGUCAUGAUGCCGCCACUUUGGGUUUCAUCCUUUACUGUGUCAAAAUGUAUGAUGCAUUUUUCCAACAAGCCAAUGCAGGACGCCUUGGGGGACCAGCUGAAUCUAAUAGAAGAAAUACAGGAAUUGGCUUUUUGACGUUUUUUUUUUAAAUAAUUUGGUCCAUGUUUGCCUCAUGGGUUCAUUGCACAGCAGAUUUGGUGGAUGUCUUCUCCCCUUUAAAAAAAUCAUGUAUAAAACAGUAGUUUGAAUGUAAACCGCCGCAAUUUAUACAUUAAACUACACUAUUGUGUAUUUAAUCAUA